CUGUAGAUCGAUUCAAACAUCGACUAUGGCUUUGACAACUACUGCUCUACUUUGUCUGGUCUUUUCUUCAUAUUUGCUUCAUAGCUCUAUUUACGUCACUAAGGCUCUAAGUCAAAGUUAUCCACCAUUAGCAGAAGGACUUUCGUGGGAUUUCUACGACAGUAGCUGUCCCAAAUUGGAAUCUACCAUCCGAAGGCACCUUAGGAAGGCGUUUAAAGGCGAUAUUGGCCUGGCUCCUGCAUUGCUUCGAAUCCAUUUCCAUGAUUGCUUUGUCCAGGGUUGUGAUGCAUCAGUACUGCUAGCAGGAUCAGCAAGCGGGCCGAGUGAGCAGGACGCGCCGCCUAACUUGACGUUACGGCGAGAAGCAAUCCAACUCAUCGAUGAACUGCGCAUGCAUGUCCAUAGGAAGUGUGGUACAGUUGUCUCCUGUGCUGAUAUUACUGCCCUGGCUGCCCGGGAUUCAGUUUACUUGUCUGGAGGUCCUGAGUAUGCAGUUCCAUUGGGAAGAAGAGAUGGACAACAUUUUGCUACAAGAAAUGAAACAUUAGCUUUUCUUCCACCUCCAACAGGCAACACAACUUCCCUCAUAGCUUCUUUUGGAAAACUAAAUCUCGAUACCCUUGAUCUAGUGGCUCUCUCAGGUGGUCACACAAUUGGGAUUGGCCAUUGUGGCUCAUUUAGCAACAGACUUUAUCCAACUCGAGAUCCAGUCAUGGAGAAUUCCUUUGCCAGAAAGCUUUACCGGACUUGUCCCACUUCGGAUUCCAAUAACACGGUUGUUUUGGACCUUAAAAGUCCAUCCAGGUUCGACAAUAAGUACUAUGUUAAUCUCAUGAACCGUCAAGGGCUCUUCACGUCGGACCAGGACUUGUACACUGAUCGUAGGACGAGGGGCAUUGUCACUAGUUUUGCUCUUGAUCAAGAAUUAUUUUUUGAGAGUUUUGCUUAUUCGAUGGUGAAAAUGGGGCAGCUGAGUGUAUUGACAGGAAAUCAAGGGGAAAUUCGUGCAAAUUGCUCGGCUAGGAAUUUGGACUUAUCUCUGUCCUCUGUGGUGGAAGAUGGAGGAAAAGGGUUGUCACAGUUCUGAGGCUGCAGGUUGUGAAUGAUCCAGUCAUGGAGAAUUUCUAGGCCAGACUGUGAUGAGCCAAAAUUCUGGAAAUAACAAAGUCUCAAUAUUACAAAAAAUAAAAGUCAGGCAUAAUACGUAACUUUUGGCAUCUAGUUUGUCAUUUGGCUAUACUUACUUUCUUUUCAUUUGCUCUUUUCCUCCAUCCACUGUUUGACUUUUUCUGAUUUAUCCAAACUUUUUCGUGCCA